AUGUCCGCUUCUGCCCAAGGCAACCCCGACACCAAGAAGGCCGUCGUCGACGACAAGGCCCAGGGCGAGUCGCUCAUGGAUGAGAAGAAGACGGGCGCCGGCGCGCUCGAGGAGGACGAUGAGUUCGAAGACUUCCCUGUCGAAGGCGACCCUACAGACUGGGAGCAGGAGGAUGCGGAAAUUCCCGCCGCGAGCACGCAUCUUUGGGAGGAGAGCUGGGACGACGAUGACACGAGCGAGGACUUCUCGGUGCAGCUGAAGGAGGAGCUUAAGAAGGUCGAGGCCAGCAAGCGCGGUUGA